AAAAACAGAGCAUGUGUUGAUGAUAUGUGGAUGAUGGGAGCACAAUCGGCCUAAGUUCAAUUGUCUCCAUCUUCAAUCUCCCUUCAACUUCACUUCUCUCUCUCUCUCUCUCUCUCUUUCCAGCGCCAAUCAUGGCGGCGUCGACCACUCACGGCAGGCGGAGCCUCCCUCCUCUGUUCCUGCUCUGUUUCCUCUGCCUCUUCUCCUCCACUGCCGUUGCCGACGACCUCCACAUACUCCUGAACCUCACAGCCACACUUGAAACUCCCAAAUCAAACCUGUUCUCUUCGUGGACGCUGAACAACCCACCGUGCCAAUUCGCAGGCAUCACCUGCGACGUCAAUGGAUCAGUGACAGAGAUCGACCUAUCGAACCAGCAGUUAGCGGGCGUGUUCCCCUUGGGAUCGAUGUGCAAGCUCCAGAAGUUGGAGAAGCUCGCGCUAGGAUUCAACUCCUUCCACGGCACAACAACAGGCAGUUUGAAUGGUUGCGUUAAGCUACAGUACUUGGACCUUGGAAACAAUUUCUUCUCAGGAUCGGUCCCGGACAUCUCGUCUCUUCACAAACUGCGUUAUCUGUACUUGAACAAUAGCGGGUUUUCAGCUUUCCCAUGGAGUUCCCUCCAGAACAUGACGGAUUUGAUAGUCUUGAGCGUCGGAGACAAUCCCUUUGAUAGGACUCCUUUUCCUGAAGAAAUAGGAAGCCUUUUGAAGUUGAAGGAGCUUUACAUGUCAAAUUGCAGCAUCGAAGGACGAAUAUCGCCCGUUAUCACGAAUCUCACUGAGCUCGAAAGCUUGGAGCUUUCACAUAAUUCUUUGACCGGUGAACUGCCUAAAGAGAUUGGAAAUUUGGUGAAUCUCUGGCGAAUCGAGAUCUAUGGCAACAGUUUGACCGGAAAGUUUCCUCUCGGAUUCAGAAACCUCACAAAACUUGAGUACUUUGACGCAUCGAUGAACUAUCUCGAGGGUGAUCUGUCUGAACUGAGAUUCUUGACAAACAUAGUUUCUUUGCAGCUAUUUAAGAAUCGGUUUUCUGGGGAAGUGCCGACUGAGUUCGGAGAGUUCCAGAGGCUCGUCAAUCUGUCCCUUUACACGAAUAUGUUCAAUGGUUCUCUGCCUCAGAAGCUUGGCUCGUGGGCGAAGUUCAAUUACAUAGACAUCUCGGAGAAUUUCUUGACGGGUCCAAUCCCGCCAGAAAUGUGCAAGCAGGGGACGAUGAUGCAGCUUCUCAUGCUUCAGAACAACUUCUCCGGUGAAAUCCCAGGGGCCUACGCGAAUUGCUCGAGCUUGACACGCUUUCGGGUCAGUAACAACAGUCUCUCUGGUGUUGUUCCUGCUGGUAUCUGGGGACUGCCAAAUGUGGACAUGAUUGACAUCUCUUUGAACGAGCUUGAAGGGCCAAUCACCUCUGAUAUUAAGAAUGCCAAGGCGUUGACUCAGUUACUAGUCGGAAAUAAUCACUUGUCGGGUAAAUUGCCGGAGGAGAUCUCGGAAGCUGAAUCGUUGGUUAAAAUCGACCUGAGUUACAAUCAAUUCUCAGGGGAAAUCCCGGUGAGUGUCGGCGAAUUGAAAAGUUUGAGCAGCCUCUAUGUGCAGUAUAAUAUGCUUUCUGGUGCCAUACCCAAGUCACUGGGCUUGUGUUUUUCACUAAGCAACCUUAACAUGGCUCACAAUUCUCUUUCUGGUGAAAUACCGCCAUCUCUUGGAUCUUUGCGGACUCUGAACUCUCUGGAUUUGUCCAAUAACGAACUCUCGGGACAGAUUCCGUCUAGUUUGUCUUCCUUAAGACUAAGCCUUCUCGAUCUCUCUGACAACCGUUUGACCGGCCCUAUCCCACAAUCUCUCUCGAUCGAAGCUUACAAUGGAAGCUUUUCCGGAAACCCCGGCCUAUGCUCCUCCACAAGGAUCAGUUCCUUCAAGCAAUGUUCAUCUCAUCCAGGCGCAUUGAAGAUCGUCCGAACCAUCCUAAUUUACUUCCUUAUAGCUUCAGUGGUACUACUAACCUCCUUGGCAUGCUUCUGUUGCAUCAAGAACAGAGAAAAGGAUCGAGACAGCAAGUCAAGAGAAGAGUCCUGGGAAGUGAAGUCAUUCCACACGCUAACCUUCACCGAGGAUGAGAUUCUCGAUUCCAUAAAGCAAGAGAACCUCAUCGGAAAAGGGGGUUCUGGGAACGUGUACAAGGCGAAACUUCCUAGCGGCCGAGAGCUCGCCGUGAAGCACAUCCUGAAAGCGGACUUUAGCACCCAGAGAAGCAACCUCAGUACCAGCCCAAUGCUACGUAAGGACUGCAAAAGCUCCCGAGAAUUCGAAUCUGAAGUCCACGCAUUGAGCUCGAUUAGGCAUGUCAAUGUGGUGAAGCUGUACUGCAGCAUCACGAGCGAGGAUUUGAGCCUGCUUGUUUAUGAGUAUCUCCCCAAUGGCAGCCUGUGGGACAGGCUCCACUCGUCCGGGAAGUCGGAGCUGAACUGGAGGACGCGAUACUGGAUUGCGGUUGGGGCAGCCAAGGGACUAGAGUAUUUGCAUCACGGGUGCGAGAGGCCCAUGAUUCACCGGGACGUGAAGUCGAGUAACAUCUUGCUGGAUGAGCUCAUGAAGCCCCGGAUUGCUGAUUUCGGGCUUGCCAAAAUCCUUCAAGCCGGUCGCGGCGUCAAAGACUCCACACUGGUCAUAACAGGAACGCCUGGAUAUAUUGCCCCCGAGUAUGGAUACACGUCCAGGAUCAACGAGAAGAGCGAUGUCUACAGCUUCGGGGUGGUCCUGAUGGAGCUCGUGACAGGGAAGAGGCCUAUAGAGCCGGAGUAUGGGCAGGACACGGACAUCGUGAGCUGGGUCUCGAGCAACUUGAAGUGCAAAGAGAGCGUGAUGCGCCUGGUGGACUCGAGGAUCGCAGAAGAUCACACUCGAGAGCAGGCCGUCGAGGUGUUGAGGAUCGCAGUUCUGUGCACGGAGAGGCUUCCUUCGCUGAGACCCACCAUGAGGCGCGUGGUUCAGAUGCUGGAGGAGGCCGAACGGUGCGGACCGGUCGACAUCGCCAUCGAGAAAGAUGGCGAGUUAGGGGUGGAGGGUGGGAAAAGCUGACCAAGAUGUGCAACUAAACAUGAGAAUAGGGGUAUUAGCCGAUGCCUAACGCCGACGGAGCGAGAGAUCGAAGGCCCGGGACGAAGGCGACGGCUGCACCAUCACUAGAAAUCCGGGAGCUCCCGAUACUUGCUUCGGAAACCGAACAUUUUGGGAUGGAAUGUUGGAGUCCAGACAAACCACGAGAAACAAUUGUAUAGGAGCAGUUUUAGAUUGUAUUGUAUGGGAAAACCUUAAUACAAGUUAGUUGUUCUUUUUUCCGGCGAGGAUUUCCGAAGAAUGUAAUCG